CAAGAGAAAUGGCUGCUUUAGAAGAAAUACAGCGUCUCGAGUAUUUGUCUCUGGUGUCUAAGGUGUGCACGGAGUUGGAGAAUCAUCUGGGAAUAAGCGAGAAGGAUCUGGCUGAGUUUAUCAUCAGUUUGGCAGAGAAACACCCAACAUUUGAGGACUUCAAAGCUUCUCUGGUUGAGAAUGGAGCAGACUUCACAGACACCUUUAUUGGUAAUCUGCUCAGACUUAUUCACACUAUGAGGUCCUCACCAUCGACAAGUAAAGAGGUCAAGCCAAAGAGUGAAAAGGACAACCUGAAACAUAAAUACCCUGCUUUAUGUAAACCAGAUGACCCUGUGUGGAUGAUUCCACCUCGCCACACAGAAAAAGAUGAUGAGCAGGUGGCAGCAGCAGCCAUGAAGGAGCUGGAGAUGCUUAUGCCUAACAUCUGUGGAACAAGCUCUGAUGAUAGGUCAGUCAGGAAUUUGGACAGUACCGGAGGUGGAGACACACACAAACGCCAGCGAAGUCGUUCUCGCUCCAGAUCGAGAGAACGUGACGGAGACCAGAACCCCAAGCCCAAAAGGAAACGUCCGUCACGCUGGAGCGACCAUCCCCCGAGCCCUCGCAGAGACGAUGACAUCAACAAGAAGGAUGAGGGAGACUCUGACCGCUGUCGGGACAGACUCGUGGAUCGGCCUCCGCCAGAAGAGCCUGUUGUGGGCGACAUCUACGACGGCAAAAUCAGCAGCAUUAUGCAGUUUGGCUGUUUUGUGCAGCUGGAGGGCCUCAGGAAACGCUUUGAGGGCCUGGUGCACAUCUCAGAGUUACGCAAAGAAGGUCGCAUAGCCAAUGUGGCUGAUGUGGUCACCAAAGGCCAGAAGGUGAAGGUCAAAGUGCUGUCAUUCACCGGAACCAAAGCCAGCCUCAGCAUGAAGGAUGUCAACCAGGAGACGGGGGAGGACCUGAACCCCAACCGGAGAAGAAACCUGGACACUGGAGUCGGAGACGAGACCAUGAGGAACCCUGACCGCCCUGUUGAAGCCAGCAUGGUGGAAAUAGAGGAGAACCCAACAGAACGCAAACGGCUCGCCAAGAUAACCGACCUUGAAAAAUGGGAAAUCAAACAGAUGAUUGCAGCCAACGUACUCCCUAAAGAAGAGUUCCCAGAAUUUGACGAGGAGACGGGAAUCCUUCCUAAAAUAGAUGACGAUGAAGAUGAAGAAUUAGAGAUUGAUCUGGUCGAAGAUGAACCACCAUUCCUGAGGGGACAGACCAAAUUUAGCACAAACCUGAGCCCGGUCAAAAUAGUAAAGAAUCCAGAUGGCUCCCUCUCCCAAGCAGCCAUGAUGCAGAGCGCUCUUUCUAAGGAGAGGAGGGAGCUGAAGCAGACGGCUCGCGCAGCAGAGAUGGACUCCAUCCCUACCGGUAUCAACAAGCACUGGACAGACCCCAUGCCUGAUUAUGAAGGAAGGCAGAUUGCUGCCAACUUGAGGGGCAUCGGCGCUAUGCCUAUCGAUCUCCCAGCGUGGAAGAGAUACGCCUUCGGAGGGAACCAGGUGUCGUAUGGCAAGAAGACAGAACUUUCCAUCCUGCAGCAGAGAGAGAGUCUGCCUAUUUACAAGCUUAAGGAACAGCUUGUUCAGGCCGUCCACGAUAAUCAGAUCUUGAUCGUCGUUGGAGAGACGGGGUCCGGUAAGACCACGCAGAUCACUCAGUACCUGGCGGAGGCGGGCUACACCUCCCGGGGGAAGAUCGGCUGCACCCAGCCCCGACGUGUGGCCGCCAUGUCCGUGGCCAAGAGAGUCUCUGAGGAGUACGGCUGCCGUCUGGGACAAGAGGUUGGUUACACCAUUCGAUUUGAGGACUGCACCAGUACAGAGACGGUGAUCAAGUACAUGACGCAUGGAAUGCUGCAAAGGGAGUGUUUGCUGGACGCAGACAUGAGUCUGUAUUCCCUCAUAAUGCUGGAUGAGGCCCACGAGAGAACAAUCCACACCGAUGUGCUCUUCGGACUUCUCAAGAAGACAAUAAAGAAGCGCAAAGACAUGAAGCUGAUCGUGUCCUCUGCUACACUGGACGCCGUCAAGUUCUCUCAGUAUUUCUUUGAAGCGCCCAUCUUCACCAUCCCAGGAAGCUUUCCCGUGGAGGUUCUCUACACCAAAGAGCCCGAGACAGACUACCUGGACGCCAGCCUCAUCACAGUCAUGCAGAUUCAUCUGAUGGAGCCUCCAGGUGACGUCCUGGUGUUUCUGACUGGACAGGAGGAGAUCGACACCGCUUGUGAGAUCCUGUACGAGAGAAUGAAGUCACUGGGGCCGGAUGUUCCUGAGCUGAUUAUUCUGCCGGUUUACUCUGCUCUGCCCAGUGAGAUGCAGACCAGGAUCUUUGACCCGGCACCCCCCGGCAGCAGAAAGGUCAUCAUUGCCACCAACAUUGCUGAGACGUCUCUCACUAUUGAUGGGAUCUACUACGUGGUGGACCCCGGCUUUGUGAAGCAGAUCGUGUAUAAUUCAAAGUCUGGGAUCGACCAGCUUGUGGUGACUCCCAUAUCACAGGCCCAGGCCAAGCAGAGGGCGGGUCGAGCCGGCAGAACGGGCCCAGGGAAGACUUACAGGCUGUACACAGAGAGAGCCUACAGGGACGAGAUGCUCACGACCAACGUGCCCGAGAUCCAGAGAACCAACUUGGCCAGCACUGUGCUGUCUCUGAAGGCCAUGGGCAUCAAUGACCUCCUGUCCUUUGACUUCAUGGACGCUCCUCCCAUGGAGACUCUGAUCACAGCCAUGGAGCAGCUCUACACUCUGGGAGCUCUGGAUGAUGAAGGCUUACUGACACGUCUGGGGAGAAGGAUGGCUGAGUUUCCUCUGGAGCCCAUGCUGUGUAAGAUGUUGAUCAUGUCCUGCCAUCUGGGCUGCAGUGAAGAGAUGCUCACCAUCGUCUCCAUGCUGUCAGUGCAGAACAUCUUUUACAGACCAAAGGACAAGCAGGCCUUGGCUGACCAGAAAAAGACAAAGUUCUUCCAGCCGGAGGGAGACCACCUGACCCUGCUGUCGGUCUACAACUCCUGGAAGAACAACAAGUUCUCCAACCCCUGGUGCUUCGAGAACUUCAUCCAGGCCCGAUCCUUAAAGAGAGCUAUGGACAUCCGUAAGCAGAUGCUGAGCAUCAUGGACAGACACAAGUUGGACGUGGUAUCUUGUGGAACGGCUACCAUGCGGGUCCAGAAAGCGAUCUGCAGCGGUUUCUUCAGGAACUCUGCCAGGAAGCACCCCCAUGAUGGGUACCGUACCCUGAUUGACCAGCAGGUGGUGUACCUCCACCCCUCCAGCACUCUCUUCAACCGCCAGCCAGAAUGGCUUGUGUACCACGAGUUGGUGCUGACCACCAAGGAGUACAUGCGGGAGGUGACCACCAUCGACCCGCGCUGGCUGGUGGAGUUUGCACCGGCCUUCUACAGAGUCGGCGACCCGACGCGCCUCAGCCGGCAGAAGAGGCAACAGAAACUGGAACCGCUGUACAAUCGUUACGAGGAACCCAACGCUUGGAGAAUCUCCCGUGCUUUCAGACGGCGCUGAUGAUCUCUUGUGAGGUGCAUGAUCACUGAACCUGGACAAUCUGCUUAUUAACCCUCAAUUUAUCAGUUUUAAACAUGUUUCACAAUAUGUAUUAUUCUUUAGUAAUUCUUAAUUUUGUCUUGUAACUACGAAAUAAUCAACCUUUUUUUGUAAAAUAUUGUUUUUCGUAAUUGCUGAUAAACACUGGAUGCA